AUGUUCCCGAUGCGUCGCGUGGCGUCCAUCUUGUGUUACUGCUGCCUCGUCGGCGCCGCCAUUUUCAUCGCGACCGCCGUCGCGUCGAGCCCUGCGGUUGGGGCGACGAUGUCCGACACGUUUGCCGCGUGGGUCGCGGAGAGCAUCGCACAGGUGCCGCAGUUGGCAGGGCGCACGCGCGGAGCAGUGCUGAGGUGUGUGCCAGCUGCAGCAAUGCCCCACCUGGGGCCAUUCCUCAAGGGGUUCACGUCAAUGACGCUCGUGGGGCAGGGAUUCCGCGGCAUUCCUGGCGCGGCGGUGGCGGCGGCGGCGGCGGCGCCAGCGUCUGGUGUGGCGGACGCCGUGGCUGUCAUCAUGGUGCAGCCGGUGGAGAAGCUCUUCUAUUCGAUCGGUGGGAUUGUUGCGGAAAUUGCGCUGCUGCGCCUACUCGUGUGCCCGCCUCGUCUGCCGGCCUUCACGGUGAAGGAGAAGAUGCCACAUGGCUUCUUCUAUACCCACGCCGGGUGGCUGCUACUCGUCGCGUGUGUUGCGAUCCCCAACGGUGUGGUUGAUGUGGGCUUCUUCAUUGCGUUGUUCGCCCGGCUGCCGCUCGAGACGUACACGCCGGCGCUAGUGGUGGGCAAACUCGCGAGGCCGUACGUUGCAGCUGCACUCUGCAGUGUCCCGUUUUUGACGAAGUUCCUGCAGGCCCCCGCGUGGUGGACCGCGCGGAUGCCAUCGCUGGAGCUGCACACUCCUGUGAUGGNGUCCCGUUUUUGA